UGUGCCGUACAAUGGAAAAUUAUCCAACCAUUAUGUAGUAUUAUUUCACCUAAUUGGAGUUACAAACAAAUCUGUCACGCGACUGAAUCAAUAUUGUCGUUGAAUCUGAUAUCUUUAGUCAUGAGUCACGUUUCAAACAUGGAAUGUGUAAUCCCUUAAUAUGAGGGUACACCCCGAAGUGAAAGUGAAAAAAACAGUGAGACCGUCUCGUAACAACUCUGUGUCUAAACAUCAAAAGCACAAGAAUGAUGACGGGUUUCUACCUCUCCUGGCUGACAGUCUACGACAUCAGACAACGGAGUUUUUUAACAACUCAACGUUACACGGUGUAAGAUAUAUCGCUGAAAAGGAUCGACCGUUUUGUGAGAAGUUCAUGUGGUUCAGUUUUACUGCAGUAGGUGCUGUGGCAACGUGCAUCAUUAUUGUUAGUUUAUGGGAGAAGUUUCAGACUAAUCCUACAAUCACAGGUUUGGACACAGACUUUCACAACUGGGACGUGCCUUUUCCUGCGGUAACAAUUUGUGACCUGGAUCCCGUAGAUCCAGAAUUGCUACAAGAAUAUAUUUCCAAAGUAUGGGGCGACGAUCCGCCAGCGAAAGCGGAGGAGAUGUUACGUUGGCUAUCCACGCUGAGCUACCAGUCGAUAGUGGACCGAGUGUCAGAGUUCACCGCUCCGGAGUUAGUGGGGAAACCUGGAGAAGCCUUGGAGCCAGCUGUCGACCCUAAACAGGCGGUUUUUAGUGUGGUGCGACACUGCGAGGUGCUGUUCUACGACUGCGAGUGGAAGGGCGACAGCGAGGAGUGCUGCGACAUGGUGUCGCCCGUCUUCACCGAGAUGGGCUUCUGCUACGCCUUCAACUCCAAGCACGCCGAGACCACCUGGCCGUGGCGAACCCAAACGGACACGUUCACGGAAGCGUUCAUCCACGAGACGGACGCCAAGUGGUCCUUCAUGUUCAACUCCUUCAGAAACGACACUACCAUUGACAUCUACAUACACUCAACCGAGGAGAUGGCAGGGUUGGAACAGACUGCACAGCAUUCCUGGGACAGGCGCGUCGAGAAGGUGUCGUUCUCUGUCAAACACACAUACACCACAGAGGACGCUCGUCAGCUCACUAUCCGCCAGAGGAGGUGCAUCUUCGCUGACGAGCAGAAAUUAGAGACGUCGAACAUCUAUACGUAUUCUGCGUGCAUGCGACAGUGUCGAAUGCAGCGGUGCCGUGCGGCGUGUAAAUGCGUGCCGCACUUUUAUCCUCAAAUCAAAGGCUACCGCUACUGUACCAUUCAGGAGCUAGUAUGUAUCGCGAAGAACGCGGCCGCCAUAACGGACCCCGCGCGCUGCGCCUGCGAGCUCGGCUGUACACACACCGUGUAUGAGGUGGAGAAACUCACUGAUAUCGAUCCGAGCAAGCUUUCCACUUCAACGAACUCGUUGGAAACGGAGUUUGUGUCGUGGCCCAUGGUGCGAUACAAACGUGAGGUGCUGUUCGGUUGGGUUGAUCUACUGGUAUCGUUCGGCGGCAUAGCGGGCCUGUUCCUGGGCUUUUCGCUGCUGUCGGGCGUGGAGCUGGUGUACUACUUCACGCUGCGUGCGGGAUGCGCGGCGGCGCGCGACGCCGACCUGCUGCGCCGCGAGCGGGCCGAGCGCCGCGCGCGCCCGCACCCGCCGUACAACCUCAGUCUGGUGCCUUGGUGGAAAGAACCACCAAUGCCUCAAACCUCGAUCCCACUGAAAGUGAAACCGAAGCACUCUCAGCCGCCCCAGUAUUCGCCGCCGCCGGGGUAUACAGAAUACUUACCAUAAUGUUAUGGUUUGAAAAUUAAAAUCUUAAAAAUAAAGGGAUAAUGCGGUUAAGGUGCCUACCACACUUGCAUGCUUAACCACAGUUUUGCUGGCGCAUGCUUCUCGCAUGAAAAGACGGAAGACUGACUUUAUCUACCACACGGCACAGUUAUGCAUGCGCAAGCCACAUUCUUACCGAGAUCGACGGCGUAUAAACAACUAGGCUUGAAAACUGAACGUCCAACCACACGCGCAGACAAGUUUGUAAGAACAAGCGUUCUAACUAACUUGUCUGCGCGUGCCAGAAUUUCAAGCAAGUUUAAAAACCGUCAAGCCAAACUUUGGGGCUUGCGCAUACUACCGUUAUACCAACUACACGCACAAUGUUCAGUGUACAAGCCGGCCUGCGCAAGCAAAACUGUGGUCAAGCAUGCACGUGUGGUAGGCGCCUAAGUUCGGAUACAUAGUUCAAGUUAGUUCUAAAUCAGCACGUGUUUUCUUUGGUUGACACUGCAUAGAUGCGCAUCAAAUGUCGUAUAGUGACUAACAGAUUGUUAUUUUUUUGUUAAUUAAAUAAAAAUACAACAAUAUUAAUGACAGAAUCUGCGUAAAUUGGCUUACAGACAACUUGUAUGAGUGAAAAACUGAAUAAUAGUGUAGGCAACAAAAUGCUGGCUGAUUUAGCGUUAACUUGAAUCAUCUGAAAUUACCUUGUAAAGUGUAUCCGAAUUUACCCAGAUUAGCUAUUGAAAUAAAAUUUCUUCUUUCUCAGUCAUGAUCAUAUUAGGUAAGUUUUUGUG